AUGAUGUUCUUGGCCCUCAUGUUCGCUGUUAUGGUCACCAUUACGCUGGUUCUGCUGAUCAUUGAGGGCCUCCUCCUUGAGAGCGAUUCCACCACAUUUGACAUCCUCUGGAUUGUCCUCUUCACCCACAGACGCAUGGCAAUUGGAGGAAGUGGAAUUGGCCAAGGCGAGGUUGCUGCCAUGGAGGAUACACCGGGAGGAGAUGACGGAGAACAGGACAUAGGUUCACUACCAGUUUCAAACCUUCAGGCAUUGACAAAUAUGGUGUCCCUACCAUCAGAGAACUUGGCGCGCAGUCACAGUACAAUGUACAUGUGCACAGAGAGCUCCGAUGAUUUAUUGUCAUCAUUCAACUCUGCAAUAGCUCAAACCCCGCUGGAUAAACUCCGCCGAGAUGUUGCUGAUUAUGAAAAGGACCUCAAUACGUUAUUGGUCACUGACCUUUUCAUGAAUCCCCGUAAAGUGCCCUUGACAAGUGCGAGUGUGCCUACAGUCGUUCAUGGACCGGAACAAAGUGUCAUGAACAUGUUCGCGGCUCGCCCAUUCCCUGACCGGCCGACGAUCCCUGGUGAUGACGAAGAGCAAAUUAGGGCACCCUCAAUGGAGCGGCCAACAAACCCAAUGUUUCAGGACUCGUUAUCCUCAGAUGGAUCGAUUAUGGGUAUGCCUGUGCCCUUACCCUCCUUGCUUCCGAAUGUCUUCCAGCAACUCGGAAACAAUGGUCAGGGGGUGGAGGAAACGGUCGUGGCUCAGCGAUUGGAGAGGCCAUUGAACCCAGUCCUUUGGUCAACAUCUGAGGUGCUGGCGGUGAUGACUGUUUGUCGGCUCGCACUUCCAAGGCCAUCUCGGAUGAAAGCACCCUCUCAGCAAAAAGCGAUAAUUUCCAUCGACCCGGUUCAGAUGACUGGACCAUUGCGCAUCCCCAAGCCGACGUCCUCUCACAUUCCGAUCCCUGGGAGGGUGCAGCGACCAGGGAAAGCUUUACCACCAUCCAUCCCCUCGCUGUAUCCAAACCAGCGAACCGCCAUACCCUGCCGUUCCCCCUUCAUUGCACCUACUACAUGCCAGCAGGACAAAAGCGGAACUGCUGCCCGCCGAGCACAUCGCUAUAUCCCUAGUUCCAAAAAUCCUUGA